AUUCCAGAUUAAAGACUCAAAAGCUGCUAUUAUAAAUGUGAUAUGAAAUAUUUUAUGUGAAUAUUACAAAGUUAUUUUGCUUUAUUAUUAAGCCAGCUUUGGUUUUUUAAUAUCUGGCGGUGCAUAUUUUGCAAGUAAAUAUAUGACUUAUGUUGGCGACAGUGAUUCCGAAUUUCGUGUGAGAACAAGUGUAUGUUAUUGUUGUGAAUGCGGUGUCAAGUGUUAGGUGCCGUGUAAGGAUGUGUGCCUUGUUUUAAUUGUGGUUUGGCAUUAGUCCAUGGAAGUACGCAAUGUAUGACUGAAAGGUGAUAUUUUGAAGAAGUGCGGGAUCGGAAGUGGGGGCCAAAUGACAUGGGAAUUUGUACGCGGCGACAUUUUCUGUUGACAAUAUGCAUAUUGCAGCUAGUCUCAACAGUGGAGCGUCAAGUUUUUGAUUUCCUGGGCUAUAUGUGGGCCCCCAUCCUCGCCAACUUCUUCCACAUAAUAUUUGUCAUAUUUGGCUUCUUCGGCACAUUUCAGUAUCGUCCCAAGUAUAUAAUUACGUAUACAGUUUGGGGUAUCUUGUGGCUGGGAUGGAAUGUCUUUGUGAUAUGCUUCUACCUGAGUGUUGGUGCACUGGACAGAGACAGUGAUGUGCUCAACCUUGGCACUGGCAGCGUGAGCUGGUGGGAAGUCAAUGGAGCGGGUUGCAAGCCAACAUAUCCCACAAACCUUACAUCAGAGGUAGACCCGGAUCCUUCUCGGCCACUUAGGCCUGAACGUGUGACAGGCUGCUUUCUGGAUUACCAGUACGUUGAAGUACUCCAUGCAGCCCUUCAGUGUGUCUUGGCAGUUCUGGGUAGUGUGGUUGGCAUCUCAGUAAGCCAUGUGUUCCUGGAAGAAGAUGACAGCUUUGAUUUUCUGGAUGGUUUUGAGGCGAAAAGCCCCCAGCACCUGGCCUUGCGGCCCAUGUACGUACGCAGCUACACACCCGUUCCCUCUCAGCAUGCAAAACAACAUUACCCCUCUCCCUCAAAACUCACCCAGUCACCUAGCGGUAAAAUUAAGACGACACCAUUACAGCUGAGAGGCACCGAUAGAAUACGUCUCUAUAACUCUGAUUCUUUUGUGAAUAUGUGGGACUGCAGUUGUACAGAGCGACAUCUUGCCAUGUCCCACAAUCAGCCACUAGCCAUGCAACCUCGUCCUAAGUCCCUUUACACUCCGACACACAAUUCAGAGUAUGUUUGAACACAGAUCUCAUAUGGCUUUGAAGUGAGUUCUGCUUUUCAUUCUACAGGAUAUUACAUUUCUUUUUAUAUGGAUAUUUUAUUUUCAUUGUCAUUUGUGUGAACAUUUAUCCCCCAUCACUUCUUAUUUGUAGCCCUUGAAUUGGCAAAACAUUUAAAUAAUAUUGAAAUUUGGGCACUUCCUCUAAGAAAAAUCAUCACAUCUAUAUGAAAUUUGAGGCGUUCACACAGUGAACAUGUAGAUUACUCUCUUCUGGGAUGUGAUGCUGUGUAGUCUGGUAGAAAGAUACCAACUCUUCAUCCUUGAAGAUAAAGACAGCAUUUUCCUCCAAAAUGGUAGUGUCUUUCUAACAGUAUACACCACUGCAUCCCAGAAGACUGUCAUUGUCACAUCUCCAUUAAAGUUUGUCAUUUGAUAAUGUUCGGGAAAGUAAUCCCUGUUUGUCAUGAGAUCAAAAACAGAGACAGUCUUUGGACAAAUGCCAAGCCCUUUAACAUUAUAGAUUGUAAACUAGCAAAAGGACUUCCUGGAUCCAAAAAAAGUUCCAUAUCUAAGACCCAGCCAGUAAGAAUUUGGACAUGUUAGGAAAACCAAUAAAUGGAAGGAUAUAUGAACAAUAGUCAUAUCAGUUAACAAAAGUUGUGCAUUGUUAAAGAGAUUUGCGAGUAUUGCUAUAUAGAGUUUACGGAUGCAAUUCGAACCCUCGUUCCCUUCUGAUCGCUUUAUUAUUAAUGAAAAAGCAUUUCUCCGUGGAUGCGGUUCCUUCACAGUUGUAGAUGGCAUAUGCUUACAAGAAAUUUACUCAUACUCAAAUUAACAGUGCGUACAGUAUUUGAGUGUUACUCAUUCUUGAAAGUUUAAACUGCUAGUCUCGUAUAUUAUGAUAACUGGCAAAGAAAUAAACUGUAUCUUGGGCGAGGAAUUAGUACUUAUUAACCAUAAAUCCUUCCAUUAAUUUUGCCCAGUACUUAUCCACAAACCUUUACAUCACUGCAUGUCACAGAUAAAAGACUAUCAGACAUGUAAAACUUGUUGCUUACAUUUAGGCAAAGGAUAAAUUCAUGUUGCAUGGUUAUGAAACAUUCUGUACAGUUAAUUAUCUAUUUUAAUUUAUUCAUAUAGGAUAAACUAAGGCUCCUUUUCCAAAUUUUAUGGCAGCCACAGUUUUUAAUAUCUUGGCAAUUGUUCACUUUUGUAAAGAAAUUCAUAAUUUUGUACAAACUUAUUUAAUGUGCUAUCGAUACGUGAAUGUAUUUUUUAUAUCCAUUAAGGAGAGUGGUUAUAGAUAUUCUGCACUAUUUAUAUUUACAGUUUUUUCAGAAGGUUUUUUCCCUCAAUAAAAUAAGACACUUAAAUCAGAAAUUUUAUAAAAAUAGUUCAUUUUUUCAUAAUCCUCCUUUGUAAGUGUGUAUUAAAUUUAAUUUUUCAGAUUGAAUUUUGUUAUGCUUUUGUGUAUUAUAUUUGAUAUAUGGCAGACCCCCAAGUCACAGAAGUGAUGUGUUCUUGAAAAUAUGUCCGCAUAGUGGAAUUCCAUUAUCUUCCCCUCAUUCCCAUGUUAUAGAAAUGUGUUCUUACAGAAAUUUUUGUGUUCACAAUUGAAGUAAAACACUUCUGUACCCCUCAGGAUACUGGUAUAUUCCAAAAAAAAAUUUUAUUGUUACCAUCAGCCAUUUCUCUGUGUCACCAGAGUUCAUGUGUGUAUGAAAUUUUAAUUUCUUAACCAUAAAUCCAUUUUGUAAGAAUAUAGUUUUCCCUGAAUUUGUUGUUAUUUUGCAUUGGCUGUAUAAAAAAUUUUAAAAUAUAUCCUAAAUUUCCAUAAGGGCGAAAUUCAGUGACCCGGACAUCCAUUAACCCAUUUGGCAUGUGGAGCACAUUGUUCUCCGGGCUCUCUUCAGGGCACCAAAGCCAAAAGACAGAGUAGAAAGCGCAGUGGCCUUCAGAACAUGAACAUGUCAGCAAAGUUUCCGUUGCUGAUAAUAUUGGAGUGAACACCAUAUAUUGUGAGAGUCCCGCUCAUGCCGUGUAUAUGCUCAUUAUAUAUAUAUAUAUAUAUAAAUCUAAACCUGGUGCCAUGAAUUUACUGCCAUAUGUGUCAUCAUUUUCCCCCCCUCCAAUACGUGCCUUCCGAUUUUCUGUUUUAAGACAAAUAACUGUGUGUUUAUUUCAACUGUGUCACAUGAGACUAAACAAGCUUUGCAUGCGAGAAUAUGUUGACGGUUUAUCAUAACAUUUAUUUUUAUAUUUAUACUGUUUAAUACAAAGGCUGAAUAUAUUUUUUUAAGCUGUGAUAACCCUUUCACACCCCAAGUUAUUUUCAUUAUCUUCUGUUUCACUUUCUCUUUACAGUUUUAUUCUCCUCCUCUUUGUUUCUGAUCUCCUAGUUCCUCUUUCUUCUAAUCUUCUUUUUCAUCUCCUUUUCUCCAACUCCUCCUUUCCAUCCUCUUUCAUCUCACCCUCUCUUAUGUCAAGUGAUUUCUAUUCUACUGCUACCUUUCCCUUCUUUAUUUUUCACUUCUCUGCUCUCUUCUCUCCCUGUUCUUAACCUCCCCCUAAUCCACCAUUGUCUCCUCUCCCCCUACCUCUCCUGUGUACUGAAGGUGUGUGAGGGUGUUAAGAUUGGGAAGUUCCAGGGUAUGAACAUUGUUUUGCCAAAUUUUGUUUACUUUAUACACAUUCAGUUUUUAUGGUCACAUGCCUAAGAGUGUAUGUAUAUAUUUGAUUUUAUUAUUUUAGGUUUUUUACUCUUGCUGCAAGGUCUUAUUUAUAUGUGAGGUAUUUCUGUCUGUUCAUAAUAUUUUAAACUGAAAUAUGAUCCCCUUGGCAGAGUUGUUUGGGGAAGCGUUCGUAUUACUUGUUAACACAUUCACCAUCAUGCUCAUAUACUUGGAUUUUACCUGCUGGGUCAGCCAUUUUGUUCUCUCUUAACUACAUUUGAAAUAAAAGUUACCAAACUGGUUGGUGUAGUGGUAAUAUUCUUGACUUGUAUGUGAGAGAUGCUUGUUUUGAAUCUCUGACAGGACGUCAGUUAUCCUGACUCGAGGUUUUCGUGAAAUUUCCUCAGCUUCUUUGGGUAAAUUACCAGAUAGUACCUUGAUUAGGCCACAACCAGUUCCUUCCAAAUCGUUUUGAACUCGUCAUUCUGUCCUACCAUUUGAAGCUGUAUAGUCUAGCUGCUGACAGCAUCGUAAAAUAACACAUGAAACUGAAAGAGAACAACCGCAUAAAAUAAUCGAUAUCUUUAGACUCUCUUGAGCUUUGAUGAGCAUUUUAGAGCCAUCUGUGGGACAGAAUUACAUUACACUUACAGUCAAGUCUGCCCAUUGGUUGACAGAAUUGGCAGUGGCACACGGUGUCAGCUCAUCAGGUGACAAGAUUGACAGUGAAUGUGUUAAAUACAAAGAAAGUAACCAUGUAAGCAUAAAAGUUUUCAAUGGACGGCCCCAGAGGCAGAUGCCUUACUAUAUUCAUAAUGUAGAGCGUGUUACUAAGUAAGUAGUCAUUUUAAUUGCCUGAAUAUAAGGUUGCAUGCUGUAUAGCAACUCGCAAGGUUUGAGGCCCUCACGGCAAUGACCAUAAAGAUCACCGUCUUCUCAGAUGUGACGCUGUGUAGCCUGCUAGACUGUAAAUUCAUGCUCUGAUCUAUGAGCAGUUACACUGUGACCAAAAUGAGUGCUUUAUUUUGCUACACACAUAUAUCUGGUAGGUGCCAACAUUUUAGAACAGCCUGCUGCCUUUGUCUUCCAUAUGAGAGGUGAUAUAUUCUGAAGAUGGAGAAGCAGGGUCUUCCAAAAUAUUGGUACAUAUCUACCAGACUACACAGUGCUACGUCUGAAAAGACUUGAUUCUGAUAUUCACUGAUGCAAGACUCUCAAUCUCACUCUUGUGUCUGAUUUGUAACACGUGCCUUACUGUAAUAAAUGUGUUUUCAAAAUGUGCGUGGCUGUAACGUCGUAAUAUCUCCUGUAGAAGUAACAUAUCCUACAUUUGAGUUAUGUAAUGCUUUGUAACUUAUUAAUAAAUAUGUAUGAAGCUUUC